AUGUAUGUUGCUUCUUCAUUGCUGGACCGUAAUAGAGAGGUUGAUGACCUCAUUGAAAAGGCAGAUUGCUUUGCUGGGAUAUUUCCUGAACAUAAGUAUGAGAUUGAUAAAAUUCUACAAGAAAAGAAGCAUAUUUGUGGAAUAACUGGAGAUGGUGUAAAAAAUGCACCUGCUCUAAAGAAAGCAGACAGUGCGAUAGCAGUGUCAGUUGCUACUCACUCUACAUUGGAUGUCAAGUUUAUGAUUGAAGACCUUGGGCACCUAAAACCAACAAUUUUCUGUGUUGUUUCUCGUGUGUUGGAUAGGAUAUAUUCAGUGAAAGUCACUCUGUUCUGUACCCACAAGCUUUGA